AUACAGCACCUUACAAAACACUCUUCUACAAACAAUAUUUAAAUCUUUCUACUUCUUCAGAAUGUCCAAGCCGUCGUUCAAGGCCCUCUUUGAAGAGUAUGCCGCAGAGCUGGCCGGCCGCAAUCCAAGCAGCCUCCCAAAUUACGUCUCCCCUGAUGUUCAACUCCAUUACAAGGGCGGCCAGAAGGACGUUGGACUGUCCAGCCUUCAAAACUUUUUCGCCAAGGAAUGGUCUCGCGACGUCAACAUUAAGGUUCUUAGUGUGGAGGAACUGCCUGGCCAGGACGCCGUGCAAAUCAAGGCCAUUGACCACGCCGAUGCCGACAACAUAGUGACAACAACUUAUCACUAUGGCAAGCAGGGAGGAAAGUGGGUUAUUACUAAGCUGGAUACUGAAUAUAACUAUGGGGAGUAGUCAAGAAGCCUUCAGCAUUCUUGCCUAGUAACUAGCAAUCAGAAGUCGAUGUAUGCAGUUUGAGGUAUUUAGCUAGUUAUUAAAUGAGCAUAUAUGAUAUAUGCGUAUUAAAUUCAUAAACUUGAUAGU